AAGCGGGGGCCGCGCUUCCCGGGGGAAGGAGCGAGCGCGGAGAGCGGAGAGCGGAGAGCGGAGCUGGAGCCCUGCCUCCCGCGCGGGUCGGGUGGCGGGGAGUUCCGCCGGCUCCCCGUUUCCUUUCUUCGCAGGGAGGAGCCCCUUUCCCUCGGCGCCUCCGUCGCCAUGGAGACUCUCAUCCCCGUCAUCAACAAGCUGCAAGAGAUCUUCAACACGGUGGGAGCCGAAGUCAUCCAGCUGCCCCAGAUCGCGGUAGUUGGUUCCCAGGUGAGAACCCGCCUGCUGCUGCCUCCGCUCCCCGCGCAGCCCAGCCGCCCCCUGACCCCGCUGCUCGGCCACUAAUGGGGGGGGCAGGGAAAAGGUAUGAAAAGUGUGGAGAAAAAUCAAUCAAUCAAUAAAUGUAUUAUACCCCACCCAUCUGGCUGGGUUUCCCCAGUGAAAUCCAUAGGCUGUAGGAACAGAUAAAAGAAAGCAUUGCUUCAUGGAAUGCAUAAGCCCUGUUACAAGGCUAUGGUAACGGCUCAUUGUCAUGAUAGUCAAGCUCAACUUCCAGGCUCUGAGCCGUUCUGGCUUUGAGUACCCUGGAAGGGAUGGGUGGGGGGGUAUUACAUGUGUGACCAGCAGUGGACUUGCUAGAAACACAGUUGACUGUGUUGGAAAUCAAGCUACUGCAUUAUAUGGAUUUUUGGCAGGGCUGUUUUCGUUCCUGAUGCAGUGGCUUUCGCAGUGUAGUGUGGAAGCCUCCAGUUCUACUGACAGCAAAUUAAUCCUAAGGAAUUUUUGUAGAGGCAUCAGUGCCUGUCUGAUGAAAAUGGAAGGAUCUGCUAAUGGUACCAUUCCACAUUUAACUCACUUGUGGGGCUUUCUUAAAACAGGUGGAUCUGCUAGGGCCAGCCCAAGGUGGAGAAAUCUAUUUGGCAAUUUCCUCCCCUUCAUCUCUCAGUAACAAAAUGAUAAGAAUAACUAAUUGAUCAUUUAUUAAUGCUUCCCAAACUGCCAACUCACUGUUUCCAAUGGUAAGGCUUGCCUUGUCAAUCCUGGGAGAGAGGGAUGGAUAGAUACAGAAAAGCACAGAGUUAAAAAUAGCCUAUCAUUUCAGCAGUGCCAUGAAAGCAGUGUCCCCUUCUGUGGGAUGUAAUAGAUGCAACUCGGUUGAUCUCUAUCUCAAUUUUCUUUAUACAGUGGUGCCUCGCAAGACGAAAUUAAUCCGUUCCACGAGAGUCUUCGUCUAGCGGUUUUUUCGUCUUGCGAAGCAAGCCCAUUGACGGAUUAGCGCUAUUAGCGCUAUUAGCGGUUUAGCGGCUAUUAAAGGCUUAAAGGCUUAGGGGAUUAGCUGCUAAAAGGCUAUUAAAGGCUAUUAAAGGCUUAGCAGAUUAGAUAAAGGGGGAAGCGAAAAAAAUCUCAAGACUCGCAAGGUAUUUUCGUCUUGCGAAGCAAGCCCAUAGGGGAAUUCGUCCUGCGAAGCAACUUCAAAACGGAAAACCCUUUCGUCUAGCGGUUUUUCCGUCUUGCGAGGCAUUCGUCUUGCGGGGCACCACUGUAUUAUCUCUUGAUUUUGAAAUAAAAAGCCAUCCCAUUAUAGUGGUAGCUAAUACUGGUUUUAUUAUCCUUGUUUAAUUGCCAUGGCUUCUCUUAGAAUUCUGGCAACUUUUGUUUGAUGAAGAAUUCUUCUAAGAUUCUCAAAUGUUCACCCUGCCACAACUGCACUGUUUUCAGGGGUCCCAAGAUAAGUGUUAAUUAGGGUUGCCAUCUUACCUUAAAAAGUGGUCUGUCCUGUUCCUUUCACAGAAUAAGUUGUUGUUUAAACUAGUAGGCUGGUGUUUUCAAGGGAUGGAAACAAACAUUCUUACCUGCUAAUGUCUGUAGUUCAAGCUGCCAUUCGGUACAAGAGCAAGAGCUGAAGAAAACGUUGGUUGGAACUGUGUCCCCUCCACCUGUUCUAUUCAUAUAAGAUGGAUACGGUACCUUGAGGUGAUCUAUGUCGUAGCUUUCAAGAACACCAGGAAUGCUUUAUGUUAUGCAGUACAGUCUUUCUCUGAACCAGUACACAGGCUAGAACUCCCUAGAGUGAAACUGCUUUCCUCUUAGGACAACAUUGCAUCUUAUUACUACUUUGCAUCCUCUGCUUCUAACACUGCCUGUCUCCACAGAGCAGUGGGAAGAGCUCUGUGCUGGAGAGCAUUGUAGGCCGGGACUUCUUGCCUCGUGGCUCUGGCAUUGUCACACGCCGGCCUCUCAUCCUGCAACUGGUGCAUGUCCCAACACUAGAGGAGAGAAGGCGGACAGCCAGUGGAGAAAGCGGUAAGACAAGAGCUGGGGAUUUGGGUCCUCAUCCCACCAGGGGAUGCCUGGGGCUUGGCUUUGGUUCUGAGAGGGGCGUGUUGGAUCGUGCAUGUGGCUAGUGGGUCCAGUCCUGCUGAAAGUUAUCCAAACUGUUAUUUUCCUCCAGUCUAGAGGAGAACUAGUUCUUUUUCCUUGAAAACUAUUGAAACUUAGGGAUUCCACUAAAGGGUUGAAAAGGUCAGCUCCUGGCAAUGCUGCUUUGCUUGUCACUGCUUACACUUUAUAGACUGUUUUCUGGGGAUAGCUGCUGGAGAUGUUGGCUUUUGCUAAAGGCAGGACGUCUAAGAUGUGUGGAUUGGGGGUCGUCUCUGACAGAGACCCAAACAAAGGCUUAAUUUGAGCCAUAGCUCAACUCCGUUGUGACUAUUAGGAGUUGACCAUGGCAAAAAAUUUAGUGGAAAUUAAACCAAGCACAUAACUGAGAAAGAGCAGGUUGCUAUCCCCUCCCUGAGUAGCCCCAGCCAUCAAGUCCACACCUGGGAGUUCAGGGGCAAGGCUUCUAAGUGGAGAGUUUUAGGCCAGAAUGUCCUGAGUGAGAGAGAAGAUGGAUGCAAGAGGAACUGGGGAUGAGUGCCCUGUGUUUGAGACAACCAUUUGCAAGAUUGAUCAUUGGAAUGGGAAUUGGGAGAAGAACUAGGGUUGGUUUGGAUUUGUUUCUUCUAGAAGGCAAUGGCUUGUCUGUUUCACAAAGCCAGCAUGGUGGGUGGAGUAGCCUGCCUUUGGCUGUUGGGAAGUGUUUUUGCAAUGUAGUAUUCCAUCUCAUGAGCAUAGGAGCCAACUCCUAGGGGCUGAGGUCCCUUCGCACCCCCAAUAAAAUAUUUGAGCCCCCCUCGUUAAUAGCCAUUGCCAUUCAAAUGGUCUGUGUUUUCUCUGUCUUGUGAUUAUGUGGGGUGGGGCUUAUACACCCCCCAUAUUUUAUUUCAGUUGGCAUCCUUCCAUGAGAGGGAUGGAUACCAAAGAGGUUCCCUGACAUUAUUUUUUCUGGUUUUCUUUGUUUUCAGGAGUCCAGGCUGAUGAGUGGGCCACCUUCCUGCACUGCAAGCACAAGGUACAGCAUGAGUGGUGUAAAGGGCUGCAGCAGUGGUCAGAGCAGGUCCAGUCCCCUAGGCAGGACAGACAGCUGCCUUGUGACAAAAGUGCAAAUGCUUCAGGCUAACAGAGGACUCUCCUCCCAGGGGCAAACUCAAUUGUUUCUCCUCUCCCCCAAAUCACGGGGGAACAGGGUUUGAGGCAUGGGGGCAAUCGCUGUGAAAAAGACACAGGUGAUUUCUAAUGGCAGGUCCUCUUCUCUCAUGCUCUGCAAGUGAAUGACACAAGACUCUCCAUUCCAUGAAGUGCAGACAAGAUGGAGCAAUUGGGACAACUCUCAAGGAGGAAGAGCAGUUCCUCUUGCAGCAUGCCACAAGGAAAAUUAACUUCCACCUGGAAUGAAACAUAGGGUGGGGAAGGAAAAGAGGAUGUUGCAGCCCUUCAGACAGACUUGCCUUGCUCCACCACCUUGUUUCCUCCUUAUUUUAAACCAGGGAUGGGGAAUUCCUGCCACUCCAGGUAGAUCUUUAUUGGAGUGCAACUCCCUUCAUCCCUGACCAUUGGCCAUGUGGACUGGGACUGAUGGGAGGUGGAGUCCAGCAACAUCUGGAGGGACAUAGGUUCCUCAUUCAUGUUUUAAAUGGAGCUGUAAUGUCCCUGUUGAGGGAAAGAGGCAGCUAUUCCCUACUUUGCCUACCAGCCUGUCAACUUUACUCAUCCGGUGUUUCCUUCUCUGUUUUUUGUCCAAAGAGUUCAGGACUUCAGAGUGCCUCAAAAGGGAAAGGACUGGAGGCUGUUAAGCUAGAGACUGAGCUUGCAGCUAGUCAACCUCUUUAUGGAUGGGAGAAUUUCACACACACACGCACACACACACACACACACACACAAAAUAUGUAUUUUUUCUCUAAGCUUGAAGCAGUAAGGAAUGGCAGGAUUUCUGACCUAGUUUAAAAUCUUGUUUGUUAAUAUUGACUUCCCUUUUUGCAUGCAGUUCUUGAAUGACUCUUCUACAUAUUGUAUCCUAUUUUUUUAAAAAAACAAAACCUGAUUUUUUUUUAUUUGCUAUGCUUUCUCUUCCAGAGUAUGUGUUUUGUAAAUAAUAAACCACAAUAAAGAAUUCUAGAAAUUAUCUUAAGAAGGGCCAUUUCCCGAAUGUUGUGAUUUUCUGCUCAGUGACGUAUUGAGCAAAAAGCCCAAUUUCUUCUUUUUCUUCUUCCUCUCCAUUCUCACUUCCUUUCUGUUUUUUAUAUUUGUUUAUUGCUUUUCUGUUUUAUCAUAUCAUCAAUGCGUAGUAUUUUACAGCGAAACACAUGAUAGUAAGAUGAUAAUUAUUCUGCCCCAUAUAUCUAAAUCUUCUAUUAAAUUUUUUUUCCAAGUUUUCAUAUAGUUAUUCUUAUAGAUGUUAUGAUGGUUUGUUGAUACCCACACUUUUUUGAUACUUCACUUUUUUAACUAUUUUCCAGCCAAUAAUUUCCCCUAAUUUCAUUUUAACUUGGUUAUCCACGUUUUUAACUAACAUUUUGGUUUUAAAACUCACCUAUUUUCCAAAUUCAAUUAUCUCCUUUAAUAAUUCUAGUAUAACUUCUAGAGGUUGUUCCAGGGUUGAGACAAUAUCAUCCACAAAAGCUAUUGUGUUAUCAUUUUGUUUGCCCACUUCCAUUCCCCUAAUUUUAUCAUUACAGUGGAACCUCAAUUUUUGAACGUAAUCCAUUCUGGAGGUCCAUUUGACUUCUGAUACAUUUGGAAACCGAGGAUCAAAGGGCUGUUAGCAAGUUCAAUGGGGAAAAUGGAGAAACGCGCCUCAGAAGCCAUUGGACUUCUGAGGCGCGUUCGAAAAGGGAAGCGUUCACUUUCGGAUUUUCAGCGUUCAGCUUCCGAAAUGUUUGGCAGCCAAUACCUUCGAAAACCGAGGUUUGACUUUAUUGCUAAUGUUUUACAAUAAAAUUUCAAAGGUAAGGAUAAAUAAUAACGGAGAGAAUGGACACCCUUGUCUUGGUCCUUUUUUGAUGUUGCAUUUCUCUGAGAUGAUAUUGUUUAUUAUAAUCUUUGCCCAUUGUUCAUUAUAUAAUGCCUCUUAAGAAGGUGUCACCUUCCAUUCUUUUUAAACACUUCUUUCAUAAAUGCCUAGGAGAUAUUGUCAAAUGCUUUUCUGCGCUGAGGAAGAUCAGGGAAGCCUGUUUUUCGUUAUGUACCUCCAAAUAUUCUAUUAUAUUUCUAAUGUUUCUUACGUUAUUUUUCAAUUGCCUCUCUGGUAGAAAUCCUGCUUGAUCAUGGAUCAACUCGUUCAACACUUUUGAAAGCCUAUUUGCUAAUAUAGUCGUAAAUAAUUUAUUGCUCCUCUCCAUCUGUACCUAUCUUCUCUCCUUCGUCUACGUCCUUUUGUUGAUGUUCUACUAGUUCUCCAAAGUCUUUUUUAGAUUUUCUCAUAAAUGAUUUGGAUUUCUGCGAUGUUAACUUCUCCUUCCUGCAUGGACCCUCUUUUCGCUUGUCCUGGGGUGGGUGUUUUUUCUGUGUAGUCAUCUCACUUGCCUUUUCCUUCUUUCUAUUAAGUCUACCGUAGCGUCAUUAUCCCCUGGUGUUAGUCACCAGUCAUCUUUGAUUUUUGUUAAUUUAUUCCUUUACUCUAUUACAGUUCUGUUGCUAUGGAUACUAUCCCUUGUCUUUGAGUGCAGCUGUUGUUUUGUCUAAGUUGUUGUAGAUUUUUACUCCUAACUUUCUCAUUAGGUGAAGUUUGGGGCACUCCAACACGAAUAAAACCACUGCUUAUUAGGAUAUUAUUGUUCUUUUUAAAGUCCAGUUUGUAAAUUAUUUGCUAAUUCUAUUUACUGUCCUCCCUUUCCCCCUGUUUUCCUGCUUGCACGCAAGUAUUUUCCAGAUUCUGUAAUUCUGUAAUUUAAAUGUCUACCUUUCCCCCUUUAUAUAUGAAUGGAGAGGGGAGAUAGGGGGUUGUCUUGCUCCUGAAAACACAGGGUAUCAAAUAAAUAAUAAAUAUUAGGCCUUCUCUUCUUUUUUUAAAAAAAUACUGUUAUAUUUCCUCCUUGACACAAGUCUGUCUUCUGAGUUCUGUGUGUCCUCUUUAGACAUAAAAACAGAAACGUGCAUAGGAGGGGAGAAGGUUGUUACAUUCUAGCAGUUAUCUUUCCUUUCUCCCAUACUUUUUAAUAUUUGUUACUCUUAUUGCUGGAUUUUUCACAUUAUUAUAGGGAGUUGGGGGUGUCUUCUCUAUCAGCCUUUUACUUGGAAUUAAUGAUAUUUAAGCCCCAGUUUCACUGCUGUUCUCUAGUAUUAUUUAGUACUGUCUGUCUCCGUUUUCUGCCCUCCCCUCCCCCCAUUUUAUACAUUCGUAGCAGGCUCUUCGUUAUUUUCCUUUGCCCUCCUCAGUCAGAUUUCUCCCACUAGUUUUAACUAGUUCCGGAAUGGAUUCCCUUUUUUCACUCCGAAAUUUGUAGCCAAAUUUCCUUUUUACCAGUGUUCCAGAUUCUAUCUUUUGGAUUUGGCCUUGUUCUUUUUGUUGGAAACUUUUGAGACUGGCAACAGCCAGCUCUCUUGGUCCCUGUCUUUCCCCCCAGACUUUCACUGACUUCAGCGAGAUUCGACAGGAGAUUGAAAUUGAGACGGAGCGGACUACUGGGACCAAUAAGGUACUGGCAUUUCUUAGCUCCUCCCCACUCUGGUGAGAACCCUGUUCUUUGAGCUGCCAUAUGAUCUUUCUUUAACUGAUUUUUUUUUUUAAUGCAUGCAGGGAAUCAGCCCAGAGCCCCUGUACUUGAAGAUCUACUCCCCACAUGUACUCAACUUGACACUAGUUGACCUUCCAGGAAUCACCAAGGUGAGAGGCGUUGGAGAAAGUGGGCAAUUGGCUUCCAGAGAAAGCGGGGAGGUGCUGGCCACUUCCUCAGCAAUGCUAACAGUGGAAAUUGCAAUUGGCAAUGAGUAUGGGAUUUCUAGCCUUAGAAUCAAGUGUGCAGACUUGAUGAGGCGGUCGCAUCUGCACUCCCUUCCCUUGCAACCCCUCUGCCCAGCCACUUGCUCCCAGUUGACUGACAAACAGCUGAGAGUGGGAGGGGAGAAGAGUGAGGGCAGGCCUGAGGCAUUUUGACACCUGACACGAAUUAGACAAUUGCAUCCUGAGAAUUGUUGUACACACACGGAAGAGUCAUCCCUAUUUCUUAUAGCAAAGAAUCCUGCAGAAACUGCAUUGCUGUUGUUGCAUAUGGUAUACAGUUCAAAACAAUAAACAGAUCAGGAAGGGGAAAAGAGGUGAUGCUGGCUUCCCCAACAACCUUAGUUUUCUGUGUUUUGAGCAGUAGUGGCAGCCUGCACAGAGGGGCUUUCCGCUCCCUGUACAAGCUGCCACUUCUGUGCAAAACACAGAAAAUUAAGGUGGUUGUGGAAAGGGGAGCAGCUGGCAAUUGGCACAGUGAGCUGUGAACGCUCCACAUCUGGGAAAGAAAUACAUGCUGCACUUGAAAGUAACUCAGUUGAAAUGCAGGAGGUUUAUUUACAAGUGAGAGGGGAUCAAGAGCAGGAGAGAAGGGGGAAGCAGAAGACCAAUGCAAGGAAAUAGGUGAAAAUGAAGGCUACAGUUGGUGCACACACUUAACUUCAUAGAAUCCACUGUUGAACAGCUCUUACUGUCAGAAAGUUCUUCCUGAUGUUUAGUCGGAAUAUUUUCUCUUGUAACUUGAAUCCAUUGGUUCGAGUCCUACCCUCCACAGCAGGAGAAAGCAAGCUUGCUCCAUCUUACUUGUGAUGACCCUUUAGAUAUUGGAAAAUGACUAUCAUAUCUCCUCUCAGUCUCCCUUUACCAAACAUACCCAAUUCCCUCAACCGUUCUUCAUAAGGCUUGGUUUCCAGGCCCUUGAUCAUCUUGGUUGCCCUCCUCCACGCUAGUUCCCGCUUGUCAAUAUCCUUAAACUGUGGGGUCCAGAACUGGAUACAGGACUCCAGGUGUGAUCUGACCAAGGCAGAAUAGAGCAAGACUAUGACUUCCCUUAAGCUGGACAUUAUACUUCUGUUAAUGCAGCCCAGAAUAGCAUUCACUUUUCUUGCUAUUGCAUCACUCUGUUGACUCAUGUAUGGUCUACUAAGACUCCUAGAUCCUUUUCACACGUACCACUGGCAAGCUAGGUGCCCCCCCCGCAAUCUUAUAUUUGUGCAGCUGGUUCUUUCUGUCUUGGUGUAGAACAUGACAGUUGUGAAAUUCAUUGUUAGUUUGGGCCUAAUUCUCCAACCUGUUAAGCUCAUCUCAAAUCCCAAUUCUGUCUUCUGUGGCAUUAGCUACCCCUCCCAGUUUCGUGUCAUCUACAAAUUUGAUUAGCAUCCCCCUCACAUGAGCUCCAAGAUGGCGUCAUUAGUGGUAGCAUCGACUUGAGCUCCGCAUCAGUUGAUGCGAUUUUUAUUAUUUUUAUCAGUCUUUUAUUAGCUUUUAUCAGCCGCGGUAUUUUAUCUCUGUCAUUUGGUGGUGAGUUUGCCAAAUGCAAAAAUCCUGAGGAUCCAUGUGGAUCCAUGCUUUGUAACCACGUUUUUGCGCCAUUGCGGCCCCAUGAAACAGUGGGUGCGUGUGUUUUUUGGUGCAGGCUGUAGUCAUGGACAUGCUAUGUGAUCUGAUGGUGAAUUUGGGGUGACCCAGUGCAAAAAUCCUGAGGAUCCAUGUGGAUCCGUGCUUUGUAACCACGUUUUAAGUGGGGAGGGAAGGAAAAGCACUCAAGGGACAAGGAGCACGCGUGGGGGGGGGGGUGGAGAAGGAUGCUGCUAAUAAUGCAGGAGAGGCUCCUCUCUGGCUUUGCUCCUUUAGAACAAGCAGGCUCUGCUUCUCUCCCUCCUCCCCGGCAAGAAAACCACGAUAAUAACCACUCUGAGACAAAUCAAGAAAAAUUGUGACCAACACUCUCCCCCAACAAGCGCAGUGAGGUCAAAACACACACACACACACAGAGAGAGAGAGAGAGAGAGAGAGAGAACUGGCCCUAAAGUCGCAGGGCGCUGGAAGUCGCAGGGGCGCUGGGGGAGUGAACGGGAAGCAAGAGAAGGAGAAGGAGCCCUCACACACACAGAGACACACAGAGUGUCAAUUCUAAAGUCGCAGGGGCGCUGGGAGAGUGAAGGGGAAGCAGGAGGAGGAGAACGAUAGCUCAAGCACACACACACACAGCCCCUACAGUGGCUAAUCCAAAAUCGGACAGCAAAAAACUGCAGGCAGGGACAGAGAGCAGGGGUUGUUUUAAAGCAGCCAACUCCCGCUCUGCGUCUCUCCCUCCUCCCCGGCUCCGCUAGCUGACAGGAGCCGCUUACACCCGCUUUGCUGUUUCAAAGCGAGCCACGGACAGCUCACGACUGCAGCAGAUUCCCCCGCCAUCGGUAGGCAUUCGCUCCAUAACACGCACAGACAUUUCCCCUUACUUUCUAGGAGGAAAAAACUGCGUGUUAUGGAGCGAAAUUUACGGUAGCUCCAGCUCAACUGAACCUACCAGCUACUUAUCAGCAGGAGUGGAGAUUAAACACCCUAUCGUGGGAGGACACCGACCCCUCAAUUCUUUCGUCUCAAGUCAUUUAAACAACGGGCCCACGACAGAAUGCUGUGGCAGCACCGCACUUGUCCAUGUUUUCCAGGAACUAACUAUUCAUGAGCACUCUUUGGGUUUGGUCAGUCAACCAGCUACAAAUCUACCUAAUGGUUAUCUCAUGCAGUCUACAUUUCACCAGCUUCUGUGGAAGAAUAUAACGGGGGGGGGGGUUGUCAAAAGCCUUACUGAAAUCAAGACACACUAAGUUAGGGCUGCCAUUCAUUUGGAUUUUCCUGGACAUUACUGGGAUUUCAAAGGUGGAAUUGACGUCUGGGGAGAAUUUCCGAAAUGUCAUGCUUUGCCCUGGAUCUUAGACAAGUCUAUCAAAAAAUCAUGUUUUUGGGGCUCAACAACUUUGGGGGUUUGUCUAAAAAAAGCUCUUUUGGGGUGUCCUGGUUUUUACUUUUUGAAAUAUGGCAACCCUACACUAAGUCCACAGCAUUCCUUGAUCCACCAAGCUUGUAAUGCUUAUGAAAAUGUGAAAUGAGAUUUGUCUGGCAUGUUGGACCAUCUUUCUUGUUGGAAUUGUUUGCAUUUGGACCUUCAAUAUUUCACAUUUAAGAAACUCUCAUCCACCUUGGACUCCCUUCUCUCUGAGUAUAUUUGACCAUGGUUUCUCAUCCAGUGGCUCCUUAAGCUUUUUAAAUUGGCUUUCUUAAAGUCAAGAGUACAUGCCCAACUACAUUCAGCUUCAUCAUUUGUGUAUGUAACUGUGAAUGUGAUGGGCUAGCUUCAUGGGGCCAUGGGUAGGUGAGCCCAGGCCUUCUUUCUCUGAUUUCUUUCUUCCUAUGAGGCUUGGCUUCCUUUCUUCCAGUAAGAAAUCUUUCAUCUGGCUUUUCCGCUCUCAGGGUGGAAACACAGUUGGAGGCAACUGUGUAAACUUCACUCCAGUGCUUGGUGCAUUAUGAUGCCAAGCUGGAAAGAGAACCUGGAGUGUGAUCUUUUGUGGGUGUCUUCCCUAGUCUUGCAGCAAUUUCUAGUCUUUCCUUUGUAUACUGCAGGUGCCCGUUGGGGAUCAGCCCGACGAUAUUGAGGUUCAAGUACGGGACAUGAUCCUGUCCUACAUCUCCAACCCAAACUGCUUGAUCCUGGCUGUGACAGCUGCCAAUACAGACAUGGCCACGUCAGAGGCACUAAAGCUGGCACGUGAUGUUGACCCUGACGGUAUGGCAUGUGUUGUCGUGUGCCUCAGUUUAAUAGGAGCAUGUGUUGGUGGUCAGGAGGUCAGUGCUUGGUCCCCAUGAAGAGCAACAGGAUGAUGGAGCUAAGUUGCUGCACAUGUUGGAAUGGGGUGGGAGAACUGGGGCAGACCAAUAGUGAUGGAAACUGAGAGGAUGCAUGUGUAGGGAAAGGAGGGGGAUGGAGCAAGGAAUGUGCAGACUAGGGUGGGGCAGAGGGAAUAAAGGAAGGAGCAGGCUUUCAUCCUGUGCUGAUCCUGUGCAGGGCGAAGGACACUGGCUGUGAUCACCAAGCUGGACCUGAUGGAUGCUGGGACAGAUGCCAUGGAUGUGCUAAUGGGUCGGGUUAUUCCUGUCAAGCUGGGCAUCAUUGGGGUGGUCAACAGGUCAGUAGUGCUGGAUAACAGUGAAUAUGGGAUCUGGCUCAGAUUUGGAGUGUCUGAUGGCAGAACCCCACUUCCAGUAGGGCAGGACGUUCUUGAAGGAUGUAUUAUCUAUUGUCUUGGGUGGCACGGUUGGGGGAAUAGACGCUUGCUGCAAGACAUCACUCCAACUUGUGUAGGUUAGUUUGUUGCUAUGAUCUCCCUUCUUCCUGUACUAGGAGUCAACAUGAUAUCAACAGCAACAAGAGCAUCAGUGAGUCCCUCCAAGAUGAGCAGGGCUUCUUGCAGAAGAAGUACCCAUCGCUUGCCAACCGAAAUGGCACACGUCACCUGGCUAAGACUCUCAAUAGGUGAGGGGGUGCCAAGGCACAGCGGUUAUAAAGAAGCUGGAUGUUGGGAGGGACUGAGUGAGCAGGAAGGGGCUGGCCAGGAUCUGGUGCAGGUAUCUGGCUUAUCUGUUUUGCGUACAGAAGGCUCCAUGCUCUGAACACUGGAACCUUUUGUUGAUGCAUCUGGUGCUUCAGAAAGUCAGUUUCUACAACCUUGAAGACUAGAAACCUUGAAAGUCUAGGCCAGACUGGUCAUCCGUGUCAGCAACUACUGAGAAUGCUGCUUUAUUUCCUUCUCCUCCCUGCCUCCAAGGCUGCUGAUGCACCAUAUUCGUGACUGCCUGCCUGAAUUAAAGACCCGGGUGAAUGUGCUGACAGCCCAGUACCAGUCUGUGCUACAGAGCUACGGGCAGCCUAUUGAGGACAAGAACGCCACCUUGCUUCAGAUCAUCACCAAAUUUGCCACCGAGUACUGCAACACAAUUGAGGGCACGGCACGCAACAUUGAGACAUCUGAGUUGUGAGUGACCUCUCUUGGCAGGGCUGGGACUGGGGAGGAGCCUCACAAUGUGGAUCAAUAAGGGGGAUUGUGCACUCUGAAGCUGACCUACUCUCCCUCCCUGUCAGGUGCGGAGGGGCCCGGAUGUGCUACAUUUUCCAUGAGACGUUUGGUCGCACCCUGGAGUCCAUUGAUCCUCUGGCUGGACUUACAAUGCUGGAUAUCUUGACAGCCAUCCGAAAUGCCACCGUAAGCCACCAUUGUGGAGCUGGGAUGCCUCUGAGGCCAUUCACCCAUUGGCCUCUGCUUUCAGCUUGUUCUCUCUCUCCCAUCAUCCUAUGCCAUCUAGAAUUCCCAAAAUAAAUUGGGAGGCACGUUGCCUAAGAGAGCUUGCAUUGCAUAGUGGCCCAACGGGGGUCGGGAGAGGGCAGUCAUUCUCAUACUCUGCUUGUGGGGCUCCCAGCACAGGAAUCUGGUUGGUCACAGAACGGUGCUGGAAAAGAUGGGCCUUUACUGGGAUACACCAGGGCUGCUCUUAUGUACUUGAGUUCAAUUCAAAUCUCACCUCUGCCGUUAACUUGGCAGGUGGCCUGAGGCAAGCCACUCUCUCAGCCUCGCUUCGCACAUGCCCUCUGGCAGUCUCUAAGAAAGGGAUGAUGAUAUGGGCCCAGACUGCAGCCUUCUAAGGAGGAGUGAGACACAGGAACACUUCACCUAAAGCGCGAUGUACAUGCUACAUGUCUGUAAUUUGGGAUGACUCCCCAUUCGUGUGUAGAGGGGAAGGCAAAGAGACCCCCAGGCUCUCUUGCUAGUUCGAUUUUGGGUGGGGGCAGUCUUGAGCCAGCCAAAAUGUGUUGUCUAAGUAUGCUGAGUGGGUGGAGGCUGCAUCACCCUGUGGUAGAUGUUCCUGAUAUUCCAGAGGUAAAUGAUGAGGGGUGUGUCUCAAUUUGGCACUUCUGAUACAGAGCUGGAAUCUCAGAAUAAAGCAACAGUUAUGGGGUUUUUUUGAAUUCAACCCUUUUAGUCUAGCAAUCUUGUUGCAAUAUGUCGAUACGAUACGAUAUCUUUAUUGUCAUUGUCCCUUGCGGAACAAUGAAAUUGAAAACUACAUAAAACUACCACAAAACUACAUAAAACUACAUAAAAACUACUACAAAACUACAUAAAACAUUCAAAAACCCCUAAAAACUCUAAAACCCCAUUUUAAAACACACUAUACUACAGAAACCCCUUAUGCUGAGUUUAGAACCAGAAUUGCAUUAGCGUAGAAACUGUUUUUCAGGCGGCUAGUCCUGGCCUUUAUAACCCUAUACCUUCUUCCAGAAGGCAGAAGCUGAAAGAGAUCAUUUCCGGGGUGCGUACUAUCAUGUGCUAUCUCUGCCGCUUUCUUAUGGCACCUGGCAGCAUAGAUUUGAUCUAAGGUGGGAAGAGUGCACCCAAUAAUUCUCUCCGCAGUCUUUACAACCCUGGAUAGCAUUGUUUUUCCCCUGGCCGUGCAGCUCCCAAACCACACGCACAGACCAUAAGUUAGUACGCUCUCUACAGUGCAAUGGUAGAAUGCCAUCAACAGGUCCUUUGAGAGAUUGUUUUUCCGGAGGAUUCUCAGAAAAUAUAACCUCUGCUGUGCUCUCUUCACCAGGUCUUUGCUGUUCUCUCCCCAGGUUAGGUCAUCUCUCAACUCCAUUCCCAGAAAUCGAAACACUGAGACCUGUUGCACGCACUUCCCCUCAAUAAUAAGUGGCUGAAUAUUCAAUUUACAUUUCCUAAAGUCCACAAUGAUCUCUUUUGUUUUCUUUAAGUUAAGCAGUAAGUUGUUUUUCCUGCACCACUCCCCCAACUGCUCAACUUCCUUCCUAUAGGCCGUCUCCCCCUCUCCAGCCAUAAUUAAACCAACCACUGUUGUAUCAUCUGCGAACUUAAUGACCUUAUUAGUGGGGUAUUUGGGGGCACAGUCAGCUGUAUAGAGCGUGUAUAAAAGCGGGCUCAACACGCACCCCUGAGGCGUCCCCGUAUUCGUGAUGAGAUCCGCAGAGACGUGGGAACCCAACCUGACCCUUUGGGAACGGUUUGAUAGAAAGUCUAAUAUCCACCUGCACAAACAUGGUGGAAGUCCCAGGUCUAAUAAUUUGGGCACCAAUCUAUGCGGAAGAAUAGUAUUAAAUGCAGAACUAAAGUCUACAAAUAACAGUCUCGCGUAGUUCCCUUGCUUCUCCAAAUGAGUCAGGACAGCAUGUAAAGCCAUUGCCACAGCAUCCUCUGUGGAUCUCUUUGCCUUGUACGCAAACUGGUAAGGGUCAAGUCCCACUGGCAGACAAGAUAAGAUGCGCUUUCUCACCAGUUUUUCGAAACAUUUCAUUAUAAUGGGUGUCAGUGCCACAGGGCGAAAAUCAUUCAGACUGUCUAUCUUUGAUGUUUUUGGCAGGGGUAUAAUGGUAGCAGAUUUCAGACAGGGUGGAACAGUGGCUUGGGCCAGAGACUGGUUAAAAAUCUUCGUAAAGAUUCCUGCCAGUUGGUCCGAACAAUCUCUUAGCCAGCCACCCCAUCCGGGCCCAUAGCCUUCCUCGUGUUUACCUCCUUUAAUAUUCGCCUCACUUCUCCCUCUUCCACCCUGACAGCAUUUCCUGUAGGUAGUGACGCCAAUAGCUCUGGCAUCCCUGUUGGAGUCACUGUUGGUGUCACCUCAAAUCGGGCAAAGAAGGUAUUCAACUCUCCCACCAAGGAAGCAGUACUCUCUACCACUGAUGAAUUCCUUGAUUUAUAACCAGUCAGAUGUUGGACUCCCUGCCACAUUUGUCUAGUAUCAUGAUUUCUCAGAUGGUCCUCAAUUUUUCCUCUGUACUCCGCUUUUGCUUUCCUGAUACCCCUCUUCAAGUUCGCUCUUUCUAUGCCAUACAAUACCCGGUCCCCAGUUCUAAAAGCAGAAUUUCUGGCCUUCAACCUCUCUUGUCAUCCAGGGCUUCCUAUUCGGAUACAACUUAACAUACUUUUCCCUGGUGACAUUUGCUGUGCAGAAUCUAAUAUAAUCCAGGACCGUUGAUGUAUAAGUUUCUAGAUCUUGAUGGUCGAAGAUAUUCCAGUCGGUCUCCUGGAAACAGUCCUGCAGUUGCUGAGAGGCUCCCUCAGGCCACACCGUAACCAUCCGUGUUUGUAUCUGGCCUUGUUUCCUGAGGGGUGUGUAUACUGGUGUCAGAAGCAGGGACACAUGAUCUGAACCACCGAGGUGCGCCAAGGUCUUGACCUCAUAUGCCCGUCUAAUGUUCGUAUACACCUUGUCAAGAGUAUUUUCUCCCCUUGUUGCACACUCAAUGUGCUGAUGGAAUUUUGGGAGUACUGCCCUCACAUCUGUGUGAUUGAAGUCCCCCGCAAUAAUGUGCACAGCCUCCGGGUAUCUGCUCAAUUUAGCAUUGUUUUCAUGCAUACUGCUCAUGGCCCUGCAAGGAAUGUCCAUGCCAUUCUUACUUCUACAGCAUCUACUCUCUUCUUUGUGCUUCAGCUAAGGGAUCCAGACUUGUAGAAAAUCCCUCUUUUUCUUGUAGUCAUUCAUUUGCAGAGCAACCCCUCUUCCGUACUUGAUAGUGCCAUGACAACCUGUCUUCCCAGAAGUUGCUGUAGUAACCGCCUGUCCAAAUUGCAGAGUAACUCCUUGCUGUAAUGAUACGUAUCCUCUCCAGACAAUGCUGUAAUAAUACUUUGACCUAUUGGUGCAAGAACCUAUGCUCUUUCUAAAGGUAAAGAGCAUAGUCACUCAUCCUGGAGAAGAGUGACUAGUGGGGUGCCACAGGGUUCUGUCUUGGGCCCAGUCUUAUUCAACAUCUUUAUCAACGACUUGGAUGAUGGACUCAAGGGCAUCCUGAUCAAAUUUGCAGAUGACACCAAACUGGGAGGGGUGGCUAACACCCCAGAGGACAGGAUCACACUUCAAAAUGACCUUGACAGAUUAGAGAACUGGGCCAAAACAAACAAGAUGAAUUUUAACAGGGAGAAAUGUAAAGUAUUGCACUUGGACAAAAAAAUGAGAGGCACAAAUACAAGAUGGGUGACACCUGGCUUGAGAGCAGUACAUGUGAAAAGGAUCUAGGAGUCUUGGUUGACCACAAACUUGACAUGAGCCAACAGUGUGACGCGGCAGCUAAAGAAGCCAAUGCAAUUCUGGGCUGCAUCAAUAGGAGUAUAGCAUCUAGAUCAAGGGAAGUAAUAGUGCCACUGUAUUCUGCUCUGGUCAGACCUCACCUGGAGUACUGUGUCCAAUUCUGGGCACCACAGUUCAAGAAGGACACUGACAAACUGGAACGUGUCCAGAGGAGGGCAGCCAAAAUGGUCAAAGGCCUGGAAACGAUGCCUUAUGAGGAACGGCUAAGGGAGCUGGGCAUGUUUAGCCUGGAGAAGAGGAGGUUAAGGGGUGAUAUGAUAGCCAUGUUCAAAUAUAUAAAGGAUGUCACAUAGAGGAGGGAGAAAGGUUGUUUUCUGCUGCUCCAGAGAAGCGGACACGGAGCAAUGGAUCCAAACUACAAGAAAGAUGAUUCCACCUAAACAUUAGGAAGAACUUCCUGACAGUAAGAGCUGUUUGACAGUGGAAUUUGCUGCCAAGGAGUGUGGUGGAGUCUCCUUCUUUGGAGGUCUUUAAGCAGAGGCUUGACAACCAUAUGUCAGGAGUGCUCUGAUGGUGUUUCCUGCUUGGCAGGGGGUUGGACUCGAUAGCCCUUGUGGUCUCUUCCAACUCUAUGAUUCUAUGAUUCUAUGUAAAGGUAAAGGGACCCCUGACAGUUAAGCCCAGUUGCAAACGACUCUGGGGUUGCGGUGCUCAUCUUGCUUUACAGGCCGAGGGAGCCGGCGUUUGUCUGCUCCGCAGUUUUUCUGGGUCAUGUGGCCAGCAUGACUAAGCCACUUCUGGUGCAAAGGAACACCGACACCAAAGCAGUGCACGGAAACGCCAGUUACCUUCCUGCUGGAGCGGUACCUAUUAAUCUACUUGCACUUUUGGGCAUGCUUUUGAACUGCUAGGUUGGCAGGAACUGAGACAGAGCAAUGGGAGCUCACCCCGUCGCAGGGAUUCAAACCACCAACCUUCUGAUCGGCAAGCCCAAGGCUCAGUGGUUUAGACCACAGCGCCACCUGCGUCCCUAUGCUCUUUCUCCUACCCCCCAAAUCUAUAGUAAUGUAAUAACUGGAGCAUUUCCUCUUUCUUUCGGCAUACCUAUAAAAACCCAGUCUUUGCCCAUGUCAUGGUGGCCUUCUGCUCCUCCUGUUAACUCGGGUCAUAAGUGUUGAUGGUUUUGCAGCCAAAAUAGAGCCACUGAGAAACAAAGGGGGGGGGGGUUAUCCACUUUCCUGAGGCUUGCAUAUAUAAAGAGACACAGACAUAAAUAUAAACUUUUUUUUAAAAAAAGGUGGGUGGUGAGGGCAGAUGCCUGGAACCCUGAACAAGAGCACUUAUAUGGAUACAUGGCAACAUUUUCUUACAAUCCCCACUUAUAGAAUCAUAUAAUUGUUGAGAUGGAAGGUACUAUGAGGGUCAUCUAGUCCAACCCCUGCAAUGCAGGAAUCUUUUGCCCAAAGUGGAGCUUGAACCCACAACCCUGAGAUUCUGAGUCUCAUGCUCUACUGACUUGUAUGAUUCUAAUAAAUAAGGCUUUGUAAACCUGAAUGUAUACUUCUGGCUCCUACUGGAAGCCACACCUUUUCUAAUCGAAGCCUGAUUUUUAUGUUUGAGUGAUCCAUCACCCUUCCACUAUUUAUUUAUUUCACAGGCCAAGCCCCCUUGGCUUCUGCCCAUGGGCAAUUCUAGGACUAGUGCCGUGUCCUGCAAAUGGCUGCACUGAUUGAGAGAUCAUUUCUGGGCCCAGUUCAAGUGCUCAUGUUAGUUCUUAUAAUGUUGAACAACUUAGGCCCCCAAUAUUUGAAAGACUGCCUCCUUCCUUACAGACCCUCUUCAGUGUCAAGAUUGCUGGAGCAUCCGUUUGACCCUGUUUCUCCUUCAGAAGGCAGAAUGGGGGUGGUGCUGGGCGUGAGCCCGCUGCCAAAGAACAAGCCUCCGCUACCAACAUGAUUUUUGGAAAGAUUCCUCCCUAAUCUGGCUAAUUGGACAAAGUAUGAAGCACUCUCUGUGCAAGAUAUGCAAAUACUGAGACUAAAUCAGCCACCUAAAAAAUUGGAACAUUUAAAGGUAUUUGAAUGGCAUUUUGAUGUUUUUGCAGAAGUUGUGAACGGAAAAGGAGGAGAGAUGACUUCAUGUUUUCUUACGAUUUUUGCAUCUGGCUCUCUCUGCCCUCUUCUGAAUAAUGAGAAAAAGAGGCAUGUGAUGUUUGAUAAAAGACUGCUUUGCGGAGGAAAACAGGAGAAUUGGAUAAAGUAUUGGAAAAGGUAUUGUCAUGAGGAAGCCAAUGGACAGCUCACAUGGUUGACUGCUGGGUGAAACCAGACACACAGGAGAGCUUCUUUCAGUCCUUUUGUUAGAAUUUACAGAAGUAUAUGGAGAUCAUGGAAUGUGCUCCCUCAAAGCUGAGCUCAGAGUGCCCGCUCCUCCCCCAGCAGCUACUGUCUGCCCUGACUGGAAGCUUCCUGGGAUGGAGGUCUCCACCAUUCCUCCCUGACAGGUGCUACUAUGCCUGCCCCCCUUCUACCAAGGAGUGGCUGGGUGAUAUUGAUGACCAUCUUUUGACGGUGUUCAGUGUUGCGGGAGGAAGAAAUGCAACUACUGUGAUUUACAACUCUUUAGACUAAGAAAAUUCACAGCUGGCCUUGCUAUGAUGGAAGGUAUGGAGGCAACAAAGAGACUGAAUCAAAUGGGAUGCAGCUUGACAUAGUGGCACAUAUCAUAAUAGGUACAUCUGUACAGAAAAAGAUAUGUUUAUAUGGCAUCGCAAUACAGUGGUACCUCAGUUUAAGAACAGUCUUAUUUACGAACAAUUCGGUUUACAAAUUCCGCAAAACCAGAAGUAGUGUUCCGGUUUGCAAACUUUACCUUGGUCUACAAAUGGAAACCAGAUGGUGGAAGGGCACCAGUUGCAGGAGGCCUCAUUAGGGAAAGCGCACCUCGAUUUAAGAACGGUUUCGGUUUAAGAACAGACUUCUGGAACGGAUUAAGUUUGUAAACCAAGGUACCACUGUAUUGGAAAUAAAUGACCAGGCUGCUUCCAGAACGUUUUUCUCUUCAAGAGCUACUUCAUGCUGCAGUUUGACUCUUUAUCUGUGCGAAGAAAACGUUUGACCUUGAGUAGUGUGAGCAGAGCCAGAGGAGCUGCAAUUAAUCAGCUAAGCAGGGAAAGAACUGAUUUGAACAAGGAUGAGAGAAGAUCCAAGCUGAAAAACCACACCGAAAUCUGGAAAUAAGAACUUACUGAAAUACCACUCAUGCCAUUAUUGAAUAUCUAUACUAAGGUUUAUUUGAUCUAUUUGCUGUUUGCAGAGUUGUAAAGGGGCAGCUGAUGGAAAAUAUUAUUGGCAGCUACAGAGUGAUAUCAACUAGAGAUUGAGAACGCAGCAAAGGGGGGUCUAUCUUAGACAUAUCUUGUAAGGAGAGCGGGAAACUGGUUUUGGAAAUAGUAUUAAAUUGAAUCAAUUUGGUAAUGGUUUGUAAUAAUUUGGAAAACCAAUAAAAACAAUUGCCCCCCCCAAAAAGAUUGGUGGAGCAGUUGGUAGUUAACAGCUUGUGUGUUUGUGGCCUGGGAGAGGGCCUUCUCUGUGGCAGCCCCUAACUUGUGGAACUCCCUGCCCCACAGAGGAGCACCUGGCAUCUUCAUUCUACAGCUGCUGGCAAAUGCUGGAGAUGGAGCUCUUUGCCCUGGCAUUUGACAACUGAGCUGUAUUUUUCAGGCCCCACCCUUUUGUGAUUGCAUUCUUUUUUGUAACUGUUAAGCUUUUAAACCAUUUUCAGUGUUGUAUUUUAAAUUGUUUUAACACACCCUGGGACAUUAGGGCGAAGGGAGAGAUGGUGAUGAUGAUGAUGAUAAAGUAAAACCAGCUUUAUUGGUCCCGACCAAAAAUCUUGAAGCAAUGUGUAGCCUUUUAAGUUGACCAGAGCUGGGUGAUAAGCACUUUAAGAAGAUGCAGGAAGAGAGACCAAUGUUGCUGCGGAUGCUGGAAGUCCCGCUUGCCAUUUGUAAUGUCCAAAAAUGAAAUGAAGGGGAGUUUUUGCAGAACUGAGCUGCGAUUCUUCUGCAAAUUUAUUUUGGGCUGACCCGCUUGAAUGCAGUGAGAGUCGUUUCUGAGUAAAAGUUCUUGGGUUCUUGGUGCAAAAAAAGGUUUCUGGUUGCAGCAAGGCAUGCUGGGACAAAGAAGCCAGUGAUUACAAUUCCUUUGGAAAAUAUAAAUGCCAGUAGAACUAGCAGAGCCCUUCUAAGGCAGAAAUACCCUUCAACUGAAUAUGACUUUUUGGGAGAUGCUGCCUGUGGCAACCCAUAACUAGGCAUUGGUGGGCUCAAAUCAUGGCCCCUUCUGGCCUCUCAUGCCUUAGCUGGUCAGCUUCCUGCCCAACCCUGGGUAGCAGUUUAUACUGAUGGGGUUUCUCCACCCUGCAGGGACCCCGUCCAGCCCUCUUUGUUCCGGAAGUCUCCUUUGAGCUACUUGUGAAGCGUCAGAUCAAGCGCCUGGAGGAGCCAAGCCUUCGCUGUGUGGAGCUGGUGCAUGAGGAGCUGCAGCGCAUCAUCCAGCACUGCUCCACCUACAACACGCAGGUAUGGCUUUCCUGACACUAGGGCCAUUCCCAAUAGCAUGGGUGGUUAGAAGGGUUCCAGAACUCCAUUUGUUUGGCCUUUUGAACCAUCAGAGGUUUAUUGCAGGCAUUUGUGAUUCUACAGAUUAAAACAGGGCCUGCGCAUGCAUUACAUGAAAGUAAACACCAUUAACUCCAUGGGGCAUCUGUGUAAAACAUUUGCUUCACAAAGGCUCUCCUGCCAACUGUAAGUGACCUUUGCAUUUCCAAAGAGCUCGAUGAUCUCACAAAGAACUGUGCUCAUUUCCAAAAACUUUGGGCCUUCUAAAGCAGCACUGAGAAAUUUCUAGCCAGCAGGUCCUAAUUUUCCAGAGGCUGUCUUCCCCACAGCCACCUGCCCCACGCCUCAUGUGUGGACAUCAUGUGUGAGGCAGGUAAUUACAACUGCAAAGGAACAACUGAGAACUCUAAAGUGCACUCCCUAUUGCUGCUUGGCACGCAGUCAUGACUGGCGCUUGCAGAAAGCCCCACUGGGAUCAACUUCGAAGUUGGGUCACCUGGUGUCCUGAUGAUAUCAGGUGAUAGACAGGUAGCAGCCCCACCACCUGUCAAGAUGUCCUACUGUGUAAUAGUGGAGCAGCUCAUGAGCUGCCCUGUUGGCUAAAUCUUGCUCUACAGCUUUAAAUGGCUGCACUUCAAACAGAAGAAACAGAGCCUUGCCCUACAUGGCUCGUUAGAAUUGGAAAUAUUUUGCUCAAUCCCAUUCUGUAACUGGAAUGGUUUGUAUAUAUUGCAAAGAAAGAGAAAAUUGCAGCCUGCAUCUCCUUUCUCCACACCCUUCCUUACUCUGGAAGCCCUGCUGAGCUUCAGUUCAGAAAGAUCAUUGGCUGAGCCCACUCCCAGAUGCCCCUUUUGAGCAACUUGCCCCAAUUUCCUUCCUCUACCUCCACACCUUAGGAUUCCUGCUUUGUCUUUUAUUACCCUGCUGACUGAGCUGAAGAGGAGGGAAUCCUCUUCAUUGGCAAUCAUUGCUUUUUUGUAGGUUGCUGCCUGGGUGGUAGUGCCCAAGGCCUAAGGCCUUCAGGAGUUGCCUUCCAGGAGAGGCCUUCGUAGCCUGCUGAUGACCUUAUUUCAACUGGUCAAUUGUAGACAAAUACAAUGGUACCUCUACUUACGUUCACCUCCGGUUACGUAUCCUUCGGGAUAUGUACGCGGCAAACCCAGAAGUAUUUUUCCGGGUUUUCCAUGCAUGCAUGCGCAGAAGCGGUCCCUCUGGUUGUAGAAACCUCGGGAUCCGACCGGAGCUCCGGAACAGAUCCCAUCUGCAACCGGAGGUACCACUGUACAAUGAAGUGCAUUAAGAAGGCGCCACUAAUAACAUCUUAAGAAGAGGCGGGGGGGGAAGCCUCUCAUACUUUGAAAUCUCUAUGGGUACAUGACUAUCUCAAAAUCACUUUGAGUCUUACCUCACAAGGAGAAUAAUACCCCCCCUUAAAAAUUAUUAUUAUUAUUAUUAUUAUUUAUACCCUGCCCAUCUGGCUGGGUUUUCCCAGCCACGCUGGACAACUUCCAGCAAAAUAUUAAAAAUACAUUAAAACAUCAGUCAUUAAAAACUUCCUGAUACUGGGCUGCCUUCAGAUGUCUUCUAAACAUCAGAUACAGUAGUUGUUUAUUUCUUUGACAUCUGACGGGAGGGCGUUCCACAGGGCGGGCGCCACAACCAAGAAGGCCCUCUGCCUGGUUCCCUGUAACUUCGCUUCUUGCAGUGAGGGAACCGCCAGAAGACCCUCGAAGCUGGACCUGAGUGUCCGGGCUGAACCAUGGGGGUGGAGACGCUCCUUGAGGUAUACUGGGCCGCGGCUGUAAAAGUAAACACCUCCACCAUCCCUAAUAUAUUAUCACUUCAUGUGUGGAUUGUAAUCAUGAGCAACUUUGGAGUGACAACUUUGGUUCAAAGGUACAGUAUAAGUAAAUCUUCUAAUGAUUUGUUUAGAAGUUUACCCAGAGUAAUGCAGCAAGUCCUGCUUUGAACACACAUUUUCAGACAUGUGACUGGUAAGUGGCUCCCACUUGGUUACAUUCCAGGUCUUAACAAUAUUUUGUGGGGUUUAGAGACCUUUAGCAUUUUCAUUCUUUGUAAAUGCUCAAACUGGGUGCAUAUCAAUCAACUUGGGAGGAAUGGAUCAUGUCCUUCUGAGUUUCACGAAACAGAGGAAAGGAAAGCUAGGUGUAGUCGGACAUGCGCUCUGGACUUUAAGAAAACCAAUUUCAAAAAACUGAAGGAACAAUUGAGUGAGAUUCCUUGGCCAGAAAUACACAAAGAGAAGGGAGUCCAAGUUGCAUGUGAGUUUCUAAAUGGAGAGAUGAGCUUGGGAGUUAAAAAGGCCAUGUAUAGGAAAUGGAAGAAAGGGGAAUCACAAAGGAGGAGGAGUAUACAUGAGUAACCAACAGUUGCAGGGUGAAAGUCAGGCUGGCUAAAGCUGUGAUGAACUCAGGCUUGCAAGAGAGGUUAAACAAUAAUAAAGGUUUCUUUAGCUAUGUCCGAAGCAGAGGAAGAACAAGCAAGUGGAAGGUCCUCUACAUGGAGUAACGAAGACGGAGUAAUGCUAUUAGGUGACAAAGCGAAGGCAGAACUAACUAUUCAACACCUACUUUGCCUCUGCCUUCACCCAAAAGGAAAGUAAUGCCAAACGUGGUGUUAAGAGAAUAAAUAAUGUAAGGGGAGGGCUAUGGUCCAAGAUAGGAAAAGAGGUAGUAAGUGAACACCUAGCUACUUUAAAUGAAUUUGAAUCUCCAGGGCCUGAUGAGCUGCAUCCAAGGGUACUAAAGGAGCUCGUGGGUGUAAUCUCAGGGCCUCAGAGAAUUUGUGGAGAACAGGUGAGGUCCCUGCAGACUGGAGGUGGGCAAAUGUUGUCCCCAUCUUCAAAAGGGAAGAAAAGGAGACCCAGGUAACUACCAACUGGUGAGCUUGACAUCAAUACCAGGACAGGUCCUAGAACAGAUAAUUCAACAUUUGGUCUGUGAGCACUUAGAAAAAGAUGCUGUGAUUACUAAGACCCAGCAUGGAUUUUUCAAAAAAUAAGUCAUUUCACAGUCAGACAAACCUCUUUUUUUUUUUUUAAUGGAGUAAGCUUGGUCGAUCAGAGGAAUGUUAUGGACAUAGUGUAUAUUGAUUUCAGUAAGACUUUUUACAAAGUUCCCCCAUGAUAUUCUUGCAAGCAAGCUGGUAGAAUGUGAAAUGAAUGAGGUAACUGGUGGAUUUGUAGCUGGUUGGCAGACCGUACCCACAGAGUACUCAUUAAUGGUUCCUCUUCAUCCUGGGGGGGAUGUGGGGUGCCACAGGGUUCUGUCCUGGGCCCAUCGUUGUUCAAUAUCUUUUUUUAAUGACUUGAGUGAAGGAAUUGAGGGGAUGCUUAUCAAAUCUGCAGAUGACACCAAACUGGGAGAGGUAGCUAAUUCUGUAGAAAACAGAGUAAGAAUUUAAGAUGACCUUAACAGAUUGGAGAACUCGGCCCAAGCUAACAAUGAAUUUCAACAGGGACAAAUGUAAGGUUCUUCACUUACACAGGAAGAACCAGCUACACAAAUAUAAGAUGGGGGACACUUGGCUUGCCAGAAGUACAUGUGAAAGGAUCUAUGGGUCUUGGCGGACCACAAGCUAACAUGAGUCAACAGUGUAAUGCAGCAGUAAAAAAAGCUAAUGCUAUUCUAGAACGCAUCAUAGAACGAUAGAACUGUGGAUCUGGAAGGGACCCUUAGGGUCAAUCUAGUACAACACUCUGCAAUGUGGGAAUAUGCAGUUGUCCCAUUUGGGGCUCAAACCUGCAACCUUGACAUUAUCAGCACCAUGCUCUAACCAAUUCCAGGCAGUAUAGUGUCAAUAUCAAGGGAAGUAAUAGUACUACUCUAUUCUGCCUUGGUCAGACCACACCUGGAAUUCUGUGUCCAAUUCUGGGCACCACAAUUUAAGGAGGAUGUUGACAAGCUUCUUGGAUGGCAACCAAGAUGCUAUAAAGGGUCUGGAAACCAAGCCUUAUGAGGAACAGUUGAAGGAGCUGGGUAUGUUUAGCCUGGAAAAGAGAAGACUGAGAGGAAAUAUGAUAGCCAUCUUCAAAUACCUUAAGGGCUGUCACAUGGAAGAGGGAACAAGCUUGUUUUUUCCUGCUCUGGAAGGUAGGACUGGAACCACUGGCUUCAAGUUACUAGAAAGGAGAUUCCGGCUAAACAUAAGGAAGAACUUUGUGACAGCAAGAGCUGUUUGACAGUGGAACAGUCUCAUUUGGGAGGUUGUGGACUCUCCUUCCUUGGUGGAUGGCCGUCUGUCAUGGAUGCUUUAGCUGUGAUUUCUGCAUUGCAGGGGGUUGGACUAGAUGACCCUUGGGUCCCUUCCGGCUCUAUGAUUCUGGAUUAUGCUGGAAAUACUGAAAUAAGUGAGAAGCUAGCCUCAUAACAUUGUCUUUCUUCCCAUAUUGUUGAUGGUUUUGCCAUAAAAUCAUUCUUUCAGCAUACAAUGAUGCAAAUAAGUAAUACAGUUUUUUAAAACUUUUCCUACAAGUUGUUGUUGGUUCAUGUUGCUUCGCAUAAGCUGAUGGUGCAAAAUAAACAAAAGUCAGGUUCCUGCCUUCCAUAAGCUUAUAGUCUGAAUUCCAGUGGCUGGGGAGCGAACAAAGUUUGAGUAUUUAUGGAAAAUGCUUUUUAUAAAGAUUUUUCCUUAUUAUAUCCUGUGCUGUGCUUGUUUUUUUUUAAAUGUAUCUUUUGUGUGUAUUAGCAGUACAAUGGUAUUUCAAUUGGUGUCUUUGUAAGCUUCAUUGGCAAACAAAUUGUAGAGCCAAAAGGUAGGUCUUUAAAAAAUAAAUAAUGUCCAAAUGCUUCUCUCAAUUCCUCCUCAUCCCUUUUUCAGGAGCUGUUGCGUUUCCCUAAGUUGCAUGAGGCGAUUGUGGAGGUGGUGACGGGAGUCCUUCGCAGGAGGCUGCCCAUCACAAAUGAGAUGGUAAUGAUGGUUGUUUCUUCAGAGAAUGGAGGAGUGGAAGCUGGUUCCUGUUCCACAUUUGGGGCCAAAUGUUCCAACAGCCAAUGCCUUUUCUCCUAGGUGCACAAUCUGGUUGCAAUUGAACUGGCCUACAUUAACACCAAGCACCCAGACUUCAUUGACACAGCUCUCGUUUCUGCCUCAGUGAGCAGUUCUAAGGUAUGACCCAACCACUACCACCCUUUCUACUGCCUUGACGCCUGCCCUAAGAAUAACCCCACAGCCCACUCUCACAUUUAUUCCCUUCUCAGACUGAAUCUGUUCCAGAUGGUGCCCGCCGAUGGAAAAGUGAAAAAGCGGAAGAACCUAGUGCAGAUGACAGACCCAAGGGGUCCUCACAGACCUCAGUCUAUUCCAGCCCUAGUCGGUCCCAUGCAGUCAACCUGCUAGACACGGUCAGCUGUGCGGGAACCUGGAAGUACAGGGUUGGUGAGGUGGAGAGGUGGGUUGGUGACCUAGAGGCAAGAACAUUAAUUGAAAAGAGGACAUUACUGGCUUGAGGACAUCCUCUUUGGGUUCUGGGGAGGGUCCAGUUGGGCCUUGUUGAGGCCGUCUGGCCUAACAGCUGAUGUGUGGGGUAGCACAGCAGCUGCUUACCUGCAUGUCAGCUAAGCAAGCCCCGCUGCCCCCCCCCAAGCUCUUGCGAACUGGAGGGACAGUGGGGCUUGUUGAGCAGCUCAGCUGCCCCCACUGCUCCUCCAGGGUGUUCCCAAUAUGCACAGUUUUGGUUACAUGCAGGGAGGCCUGUAAUGUAACCCUCACAUAAUUUGGGAGUUGCCUGUACAGAUUACCUGUUCUCUGCCCACCCCAUGCAAUAUGCUAUAUCUUGUCUCACUGAUCUUGGCCAAGUGCGUAGAAACUGUUCCACCAGGUCUGCUAUCACCACCACCUCUGGCAAUUUCCUCUCACAGUAGUCUUCCCUGACUUUCCCUAGCCCAUGCCUGCUACACGCAAACUGAGCCAACGUGAACAGCGAGACUGCGAGGUCAUCCGCCGUCUUAUCAAGUCCUAUUUCCUCAUUGUGCGCAAAAGCAUACAAGACAGGUAACUUCAAGUUGGCAAGGGAUUUAGCAUGGGCACAUAUGGGCCAGAUGUGUCCAGUUGUGAGAGCAUCUGGGUUUGGGAUUCUUUUGUACAAAGUGAAUGUUCCCUACUUGGGGGAGGGGGAGGAUUCCUUAGGAGUUGAGAAAGGAGCAUGCAAAGUACUGGGAGAUAGCACAAGAUGUCUGUGACCUUCAUAUGUACACUGUAGAUUUGGAUUUCUUCAUGAUCUUUGUGUAUGUGGGUAAAUUAAAGAUUCCCAUCCUCUUCGUUACUCAGAAUUACUAAAAUAUUCCGACUUCUACAGAAGUGACUAUUGCAACCAGUUCACAGCUCAAUACUUUUUGAAUAAGAAAUGAUGUAAUUGGGUAAGUAGCAGCUGUUGGUCCAGGGUGUCACCUAAAGAGGUGAUGGAUCUACCUAGCCCUGUAGGGCCAGCAGGGGAGGUAAGGUUGGGGCAAGAAGGGAAUUGUGGCCUAGCAAGGUAAGCCUUGGAUGUCUGCAAGAUCUCACAAGCUUUAUAACAAAAUAUAUCUUAUUUCCCCCCUGUAGUGUCCCCAAAACAGUGAUGCACUUCCUGGUGAACUACGUCAAAGACCACCUUCAGAGUGAACUCGUGGGCCAGUUGUACAAGCCACAGCUCCUCGACACGUUGCUGACAGAGUCCGAGGACAUGGCUCAGCAGCGCAAUGAGGCUGCCAAUAUGCUCAAGGUGAGGGGAGGAGGGCAAGGCUCCUUGGACUGACAGGAGAUGGGGAAAGUUCUCUCUGGCUCAGCAGCAGUUUCUUACUUUCAGGUUUCCCAAAUACUGAAAGAACUGCACUGCUUCUCUGACUUUUGAAAACUUCUAAAAGCCGAUAUCCAGGAGAACUGACUCUUCACAAAUGAAACCCUGCGGCAAGUCCCCUUGCCUUCAGAGUCAGACUAGCGUCCAUGCUCUGGCACCACUACCUUGAAAGCCCAGCCCGUUUGGGUUGAAAGAUGGCAUUAGAACAUCUAUUAAUCACUCAGCAAGGUCUUUUCUUCUCUUAUAGGCAUUGCAAAAAGCCAGCCAAACUAUCUCAGAAAUCCGUGAGACUCAGCUCUGGUGAGGGGAACCCACUGCUUCUGAUGGCUCCAACCCACUGAGUACCAUUCACCCAGAGCCACGCCAGCCUUCAUUUCUGAGCCUUCUGGUGCUGUUUCCCAGUUGGAGCGGAGAGGUCUUGAGCCCUCUUUGGUUCUGGCCCAGAGCAAGAGCCUGUCUAGUUGAGCAUUUGGCACUAUGGAGCCAGCAUCUCUGUGCUGAACUGAAGCCUGGUCCUCAUCCACUGCCUCGUUGGUCAUUCAUGCUUUUCCAGCCUUGCUAGUCCAGUCGGUAUUAAAUUACUGUUUUUGUCCACAUUUUGAAUUCCUUCUCUCCACAGCUGUAUCCUUGAGUCAUUGCUGGUUUGGCCAGUCUACAUUCUUGGCAGCUUUUGUCCUAAGUGCAGGAGAGUUUUCUUCCAUCCCCAAAUGUUGGUGCAUUUGCUAAAAAUAUGAAGUGAAGCAAUUUGUUUAUGUGUGUCUGCCUGAGCACUAAGCAGGCAGUGGUGUGUAUGUGGCUCUGCUGCUGAAUGUCUUUAUUCUUCAUUACUGCCCUGAAAGUGGUUGAUGCUGGCUAGGCAGAGAAAUGGGCACAGGUAGCUUUGAAGACGCUCACAAUUAUAGAGGAGGGACAUCAACUGUUGCAGAGCAGAUGAUGAUAAGAGAGUUGCUGCAGAGGGAGAUCUAGCCUUACCUUUUCCCAGGAGUUGUGUGCAAUAGUGCCACAUAUUUGGGGGCACUAUCCCAGUCCUAGUUGGCAGGAAAGGGGAGGCACAACUUCUACACAACCCCAAGUUUGCAUGCACCUCUGAGCCACAUAGGACCCAGGCUUCACCUGCUAGUUUCCUGGAAUAAACUUGUGUACUGUUACAAAUGUGCUGAUGGUUUUUAUUUGUAUGUAUGGUGUGCAAAGAGGCUGAGAAGAAAGAGCUUGAUUAAAAAUGAGUUCUAAAUU